AACAUUCUAGGGGACCGAACCUCCUCGUACGUGAAACCGAACAUCCGACGGUGAAAUUCAUCGCAACUGUCAGGACUCCUGCAGGUCGACAACAUCGUUUUAUCAGGUGAAGAUGAAGCCUACACAGCCAGCAAUGGGACAGCACUGGGGUGAGCUGGCCCAUGUACGUGGGAUUGUCAAGUACUCUCUCUCGCCGUUUGAGCAGCGCCCUUAUGCCAACUUCUUCUCCAAACUUUUGCCCAAUACCAUCAGACGCAUCCGUGCACAGUUCUUCUAUGUUUUUCCUCCAUUUGCUUUGGGAUACUACGUCUACUACACCGUGGAGCGCGAACAUGACAGGCUCCUGCGUAAGAACCCUGCUGACUAUGCUGAUGAGGUCUGAGGAACUCGACUGCUCUCGACGUCCAAUAGACGUCAUUGUUUGCAAUGUGAAUAGCAGAUAAUUUUAAUAAAUGUGAAUAAAAAAGCACUAUCAAUUACCCCGUUUUU